GAUAAAAGGCUCCCUCGUGUGGCCGUGUGGCUGUACUGCAGCUGCGUCUUUGUGUAAGGUUUCCGAUGCUGUCCGAAAGGUCCCGACGGUUUCCGAAGCUCGCCGCCAGUCGUGCCAGUUUUUCCGCCCUGUCCGCGUCUCGGAGCCGGGGAUCUGCUUCCGUCCAUGGCCUUCAUCUCUGGAGCAGCGGCGUCCAGGCUUUAUUUACCAUCAUUUAAGGCGUUUGUUUGGUGUCCCGCGCGGUGAAUAAAACGCGUCAGAUCAGCUGCAGUGAAGCGACGAGCUUUUGUUUCUGCGGAGAGACGUUCACUGCGCUGGACCGAACGAGUCCAGAACACACCAGAACCACAUCAGUCCAGCGCAAACCACCACCACCAUCUUCAUCGUCAGUGUGGAUGUGCCGGAGUCCAGCUGGAGUCCAGCUGAUGUGAUCAGCGGCUCAUCUGCAGCAGCAGGUUAUUUCUGCUCGUCUGUCUCAGGGUGAGCAGAGGAAGAGAGAGAGGGAGAGACACAGACAGUGGUCUAUCUUUCUCUCUCUCUCUCUUCACCUGCGUCCUCAGCAGCAGCGUCUCUGUAAGGCUCUGGUCUGUGUGGCGCAGCUUCUGUCCAAACCAUGACGUCACCCCCGUCCCCGCUGGCCUCCCCGUCCCCGUGUCCUCCUCCUCCUCCCUCGCUCCCGUCCUCCCCCACGCUCUCGUCUCCCGCCCCAUCAUCGCUCCCGCUGCCGCCCGCUCUGCCGCCCACCGGAGAGGUCAUGAUUCUGGCUCUGGGCCGUAAGAAGCAGCGGCUCCUCAUCGCUCUCUCCAUUCUGCCCAACCUCUUCCUGGCAUUCCUGCUGUCCUCUGACCCGCUCCUGACCCUGGCCCCGCCCUUCUGCUGUCGUCUCCCGCGACUCUCGCCUGCUCCUCAGGUGACCAACGCCUCCGUGAGGACCGGGAAAGGAGACGGAGAUCUGGCCCAGUGCAAGCACAUGUUCGUCAAUGGCACGCAGUCGUGUGUAAAGGACUGUGAUGCUGGAUACGACUACAACGUCACCGAAGGCCUGACCAAUAAUAUCGUCACAGAGUGGGAUCUGGUGUGUUCGCAGUACUGGCUGGUUCCAGUCGAGGAGGUGUGCUUCAUCCUGGGGACGCUGACGGGCUGUCUGGGUUUGGGCUACACGGCUGACCGACUGGGCAGGCGGAAGUCUCUGCUGGUGUCUCUGAUGCUGGCGGUGGUGUUUGGGGUGCUGGUGUGUGUGUCGCCCUCACCGCCCGUCUUCAUCACCAUGCGCUUCUGUCUGGCCGCGGCGAGCGCCGGCGUCUUCCUCACGCUGUACGUCACACGUCUGGAACUGUGUGACCCGUCUCUGCGGCUGCUGGCGACGAUGAUGUCCGGUUUGACCGUGUUUGCGGGCGAGCUCCUGCUGCUGGCUGUGGCCCUCGGCUGCGGCUCCUGGAGGGGCCUGUUAGGAACCGGAGCAGCUCCUCUGUCCUUGUUCCUGUGUUACGGGAUCCCGGGAGUGUUUCCCGAAUCGCCGCGCUGGCUUCUGCUCUCCGAGAGGACGGGAGACAUGAAUUCCUUCAGUGACCGGAGCGAGCGACAGAGAGAUGACGACAGCUUCUCGGAGUUGGACACGGAGACGUCUUCAUCUCCUGGACGUCCUCAUCUGUCUUUCCCAGAGCUGCUGCACAGCAGAAACAUCUGGAAAAACCUGUGUGUGCUGGGAUUCACUUCGUUCAUCUCUCAUGGCAUCAGUCACUGCUACAGCUCCUUCAGAGGUGACGUCAGAGGAUUCACCCCCAGCUUCUACUGGACGUACCUGCUGUCUGUCUGUGCAGGGGGCGGGGCCUGGCUGUUGCUCUGGGCAACGGUGGACAGGUUUGGUCGUCGUGGAAUUCUUCUUCUAGCCAUGACCUUGACCGGACUGGCCUCCCUAAUCCUGCUCGGACUCAUGGACUAUCUGAGCGAGUCAGCCAUGACUGUGUUCUCUAUAAUGGGCCUGUUCUCGUCCCAAGCGGCCGCAUCCCUCUCCAUUCUGUUCACCGCUGAAGUCAUGCCCACCAUCAUCAGAGGAAGUGGUGUGGGAGCGGUCAUGGCUUUGGGUUGCGUGGGCCGCCUCAGUUCUCCUCUCAUGAAUCUGCGUAAUCACUACGGCUACUUUCUGCACCAUGUGGUCUACUCGUCUCUGGCCCUGCUGGCGGUUCUCUCCAUCCUGCUUCUCCCGGAGAGCAAACGCAAACCCCUUCCACAGACGCUGGCGGAUGGAGAACAGUACCGCCGCCCUCCGCUGGUCCGAAGACGUAGGGAUAACGUUCCUCUUCUGGCUACACCCAACCCAGAGACCUAGCCUUCACUCUUCAACUGCAAAUACUGAGGGACUGACCUCGGAGGCCUGUCCUAAUAAUCCUGUAUUUGUAGUCAUUCCUAACACGUGUCAGUGGAGUCGUGGCACAUGGACUCCGUCAUGAAGUGUGAGGGGUGAAGGGUACCGAAGCGCGUCCGCUGAGUACGCAACUCAGAGCACAGUGGCAUAAACAAGGGCAUACACUUUUAAUUAAACAUUGUCUGACCCAUGUAGCAUUUGGUGACUUGUUAGUAAUAUAUUAGACCAAUAUGAGAUAAGGGCUCAAAAUGACAGAGGUCGUUUUGAUAUAUAUUUAUCCCUUAAGAAAACAGGCUUAAGUUCUCACUCCAGAUGGAAGAAGGAUGGAAAUGGUUCUCUUAGUACUUUAUCUCAUUGCUGCUAAGAAUGGCGCGCCAAGAGGAUCACUGCAGGACUGAUCUAGGCAUCGGCGAAGCGCUGAGGAUUAUUUAUGUGCACUCUGAUCGGACUGAGGCAUGAUACUAGAAACACUUAUUAUUGUAUGUUACAUGUCACUCUUUGUUAAAGGAAUAUUAUAGGAAUGCAACUUGAGUUGUAUGUGCAGAAGCUGGGACGUCCAGAUUUUAUGUCGACUAUUGCACAACCAGGUAUUAACUUUUGUUGCAUAUGGAUUAGUCAAAAACCUAUAACAGAAUUUGUGCUGUAAAAAAAUACAUCCUUCAUAUCUCUGCUUUUAAACCCUCUAGUGCAUCAUCCAUUGUUAGUGCUUUACUGUGCACACUUACCCUGUUUUGUACAAACUUAGGGACAAUUUUGUGAAGUAAUUUGACCGCUUAAGUUGCAAUAAACCUGUGAUAUUCCUUUAAUGAGGCUGAUUGAAAUCGCACUGCUCAUAGCGUCCCUUAUUCCUCUGUUACUUACCUUGAAGAUCGAGGCUGAAGAGUACGACAGCAGAGGGAAGGAACACACAGGUUCAUUUGAAUGUUGACACUGUCAGGAUUUAUUUUGUGUCUGAUGUCUUUCUAUUUUGUCUUUGCCUAUUGCAUUUUCAGUCUGAUUAUUGAAAUAAGAAACAUUGGAAACACGAGUUAUGUAGCUUUCUCUUGUAAACGCCUGUGUUAGAUUCUUUAAAAUGCACUUAAUAGUUCUGAAUUGUUAGUAAUAAUUUUAAUUAUUAUUACUACUACUACUACUACUUGAAUAAUAAAGGAUAAUAGUAAUAAAUCUGAUGAUUGCGCAACACUUACUAAACAAUGCUGUAAUUAUUAAUAAAUCUUUGACCAAGUCUAAUUACAAAUAAAAUCUGGUAAAAUCACAGUGAUUAGAGGUGAAUAUGUUCUUUGAAAGUCUAAAGCUGAAUGCAUUUAGACAUUGGUGUUGAAUGCUCUGUUGUACCUCUGGUCCAUCAGUAUCUUGCAGGUUUGUGUAUUUUUAGCUCUUCAGUUUUUGUAGGCGAGCUCACGAGACGAGGGCAGUGAUUCACUGUAAAAACUCUCUGGACAGCAGCUCCUGAUUCUGUAAUGGUCAAAAAGGUCAGUCUAUGUUUGUCCUGCAGAGCUUCACUAUAGCGCCCCCAAAAUGUUUAUACAAGUAAUAAUCAAAAGCAUAUCAAAUUUUGUCAAAUAACUUUUUCCCCCCAUAUACAACAAAAAAGCUAUACACUGGGUUCCCAUGGUCAUUUCAAACCUGCAAAUAUAUUAACAAAAUCCUUGUUAGCUGGAUUCUUGGCAAUGUGAUAUGAAUUGCUAGUGAUUUUCUUGUUAUGAGCAGAAAUCGCCCUCUGUGAGAUUUCUCUAAAAUGUUAUCUUGGAAAAAAGUCCUAAAUCAUU